AUGACGUACGGUGAUCAACAUGUUCUUAUUGGUGGCGUCCCUCUAGGCAAUUUGUCAGACAAACGAAUUAGCGUGCACAAGAACAAGUUCGUGUUGAAGAACCUGCAACCAGCAGACGAGGGGACCUAUACGUGUGUGGCAUCGAACUCAGAGGGCAGAGUUACGUACGAUAUCCAGUUGCACUAUUCAAAGGGUGCGUACUUCGAUACUCCGCUGCAGAACAUCACGGUCGUUGAGGGCAGCACGUUGAUAUGGCCGUGUCAGGCGAAGGCGGUGCCGAUGAACUUGAGAUACCGAUGGCUGUUCCAGGAAAAGGAGUUGCAGUAUGGCGACACGACACUUCCGUUCCGUUCAAACGUCCAGGGUGGAACGUUGAAGAUAUUUCCCGUGUUAAAGGAGGAUCAAGGAUGGUUCACCUGCGAGGCUAACAACGGGCAUGACUCCAUCGCCACCUCACGAGCCUUCCUGAACGUCCACUACUCGGCGACAGUUCUUUCGAAGACGCCAAGCAUUCAGUUCAUACCAAAAAGCAUCUCGUCGUUUCUGUACUGUCUAAUCGAUGCCAACCCACCGCUGAAAUUCGUCAUUUGGACGAAGGACGGCCAAAUUGUCAACACCGAUACCGGAAAGAGGACGAACGUCUUUCUCUCGGACAACGGCUUGAAGCUGCAUUUCAGGAAGGGAACGAUGAAGGACGGCGGCAUCUACUCAUGCCAGGCGUACAACGCCAUCGGAGCUAGCAACGCAUUCGAAAUACACGGCAUCGUCGCAGGUAUGCAGGCGUCUACUGAGGAACAGAAAUAA